CAGAAUUAGAACAGCAGUUCAGAAGCGUUGGGGUAAAGGACGCGUUCAAUCCUGUUAGUGGCUGACUGACUGAACCGACCGUCCAUCUUUCUAAAGAAGAAGAAGAGGAGAGGAGUCCCUGUAAGACUUGACAAAAUGAACUUGUCCUACCUGGUUGCUUGUGGACUUUUGGUCAGCCUGCUUUCAGAAAAGAUGGGAGCAAAACCUUUAACUCAAGCGCAACAGAAGUCCCUCCGAAGUUUGCUGGGUGAGGAACUAGCGGAGAUCCUGGAGUCAAAUGAGAGGGAGCGAAGGAUAGAUGCAGUGCGCUCCCGGAUGAGGUUACUGCGAGAUUUACGCAUGGACACCCGGGCCAGAGGGAUGUGGGCACGUCUCCUCAACGACCAGCCCGCAGCGAGGAGGCACAAGUCGGGAAACAAGAAGGCGGGCUCCACGUCACGGAGUGGCUGUUUCGGACACAAGAUGGACAGGAUAGGGACCAUCAGCGGGAUGGGCUGCUAGGGCUCGGAGCUGCGAAGAGGCGGUCUUUGGACGAUGGGUUUGGACAACAUAGGCUGAGUGUGUUGCCACCUGAGCGAAAAAUGACCAACUGAUACGAUUUUCGGUACGAACGAGCCCACAGUCAUCGUUGGGCAAAGACUGAGAAGACAAUGCUGCAGAAGCCUCAUCACUUUAUAUAAAUAAAUAUGAAUAUAUACAUAGUAAAUAUGCAGGUAUAUAUUCAUCAAUGUAUGCCAUACAAAUGGUCUACAAAUACAGAGAUGCAUACUAUGACGUUGUGGACAAUGGUGUAAAAACUAAAAACCGCAAGAGCUGUACAUUGUUGCUGCUGCUGCUGCUGCUGUACAUUCAAGUACUUCAUUCACUCCUGCGUUAAUGUAUUUAUGUUUAAAAUAUUUAUAUGUUUAUAAAAGAGAUAUUUAUAAAUCUGAGUGUUAUUUAUGUAACAUUUUUGAAAAUGGAUGCAAACUGCAGGUCAAUUCUGUUGUUUCCUUUUACUUUUGUCUUAUAUAGUUGUGAAUGUUUUAAGAAAAAAUAUGAUAAAAAUGAACUUCCAUGUGCACAUGCCAUCCUU